GGGCGGAGCGGCCUGGCGGAGGAGGUGGAGGCGCAGGGCGCGGGGUUGUGCCGUACUAGCGGUGCCCGCUGAGGGGAGGAGGCUGAGGAGCUGCACGGCCAGAGCGGGAAAGAGACUCGCCUCAGUGUCGGAGUUGUGGCGCUGCGGCAGCUCGGCUCCUGGAGCUGUGGAGAGACGGGGCGUCUGCUGUCCCAUCAGGUUCCCCUAAGAGCGACCCGCGCGAUCGGAGAGAGGGUGAAGAUGGAGGGGGAGGGCGGCGGCAGCGGCGGCGCGGGCACCAGCGGGGACAGCGGCGACGGCGGCGAGCAGCUCCUUACUGUCAAGCACGAGCUGCGGACCGCCAACUUAACAGGACACGCAGAGAAGGUGGGGAUUGAAAACUUUGAGCUGCUGAAGGUCCUAGGAACUGGAGCUUAUGGGAAAGUAUUUCUAGUUCGUAAAAUAAGCGGCCAUGAUGCUGGAAAGCUGUAUGCUAUGAAGGUUUUAAAAAAGGCAACAAUAGUUCAGAAGGCUAAAACUACAGAGCAUACAAGGACAGAACGACAGGUUCUGGAGCACAUUAGACAGUCACCAUUUUUGGUGACAUUGCACUAUGCUUUCCAGACAGAGACCAAGCUUCAUCUCAUCUUAGAUUAUAUAAAUGGUGGAGAACUUUUUACUCAUCUUUCUCAAAGAGAGCGUUUCACAGAGCACGAAGUGCAGAUCUAUGUUGGAGAGAUUGUGCUUGCCCUGGAACACCUGCACAAGUUGGGGAUUAUAUACCGUGACAUUAAGCUUGAAAAUAUUCUCCUUGAUUCUAACGGCCAUGUGGUGCUGACAGAUUUCGGUCUGAGUAAGGAGUUUGUGGCCGAUGAAACUGAAAGAGCAUAUUCUUUUUGUGGAACUAUUGAAUACAUGGCUCCAGAUAUUGUCAGAGGGGGUGAUUCGGGACACGACAAGGCAGUUGACUGGUGGAGUUUAGGUGUUCUAAUGUAUGAGCUACUAACUGGAGCAUCUCCUUUCACUGUUGAUGGAGAAAAAAAUUCCCAGGCUGAGAUAUCUAGGAGAAUCUUAAAAAGUGAGCCUCCGUAUCCCCAGGAAAUGAGCACAGUAGCUAAAGACCUACUUCAGCGUCUCUUGAUGAAAGAUCCCAAGAAGCGAUUGGGAUGUGGCCCACGGGAUGCAGAAGAAAUCAAAGAACAUCUCUUCUUUGAGAAGAUAAAUUGGGAUGACUUAGCUGCCAAAAAAGUGCCUGCGCCAUUCAAGCCGGUGAUCCGGGAUGAGUUAGAUGUGAGUAACUUCGCUGACGAGUUCACAGAGAUGGACCCCACCUACUCUCCGGCUGCCUUGCCACAGAGCUCCGAGCGACUGUUUCAGGGCUAUUCCUUCGUUGCUCCAUCUAUUCUCUUCAAGCGUAACGCAGCUGUCAUAGAUCCUCUUCAGUUCCAUAUGGGAGUUGACCGUCCUGGAGUGACAAAUGUUGCCAGGAGUGCAAUGAUGAAGGACUCACCAUUCUAUCAACACUAUGACCUAGAUCUGAAGGACAAACCUUUGGGAGAAGGAAGUUUUUCAAUUUGUCGCAAGUGUGUACACAAAAAAACUAACCAAGCAUUUGCUGUCAAAAUAAUCAGCAAAAGGAUGGAAGCCAAUACUCAGAAAGAAAUAACAGCUCUGAAACUCUGCGAAGGACACCCCAAUAUUGUGAAACUACAUGAAGUUUUUCACGAUCAGCUUCAUACAUUUCUUGUGAUGGAACUUCUGAAUGGCGGAGAGCUGUUCGAACGCAUCAAGAGAAAGAAGCACUUCAGCGAGACUGAGGCCAGCUACAUCAUGCGGAAGCUUGUGUCAGCUGUGAGCCACAUGCACGAUGUUGGAGUGGUGCACAGAGAUCUGAAGCCUGAGAAUCUGUUGUUCACUGAUGAAAACGACAAUUUGGAAAUUAAAGUGAUUGACUUUGGGUUCGCACGCCUCAAGCCACCUGACAACCAGCCCCUCAAAACCCCAUGCUUCACCCUCCACUACGCAGCACCAGAGCUCCUGACGCACAAUGGCUACGAUGAGUCCUGUGACCUGUGGAGCUUGGGUGUCAUCCUGUAUACAAUGCUGUCAGGGCAGGUGCCAUUCCAGUCUCAUGACAGAAGUUUAACAUGCACCAGUGCAGUAGAAAUCAUGAAGAAAAUUAAAAAGGGAGAUUUCUCCUUUGAAGGAGAAGCAUGGAAGAAUGUAUCCCAAGAGGCUAAAGAUUUGAUUCAAGGGCUUCUUACAGUUGAUCCAAAUAAAAGGCUGAAAAUGUCUGGUUUGAGAUACAAUGAAUGGCUUCAGGAUGGCAGUCAGCUGUCCUCCAAUCCUCUGAUGACUCCAGACAUUCUGGGAUCUUCAGGAGCAGCUGUGCACACCUGUGUGAAAGCAACCUUUCAUGCCUUUAACAAAUAUAAGAGAGAAGGGUUUUGCCUGCAGAAUGUGGAUAAGGCCCCUUUGGCUAAGAGGAGGAAAAUGAAGAGGACCAGCACCAGCACAGAGACUCGCAGCAGCUCCAGCGAGAGCUCCCGUUCCUCCUCCUCCCAGUCCCACGGCAAGACAACGCCUACCAAGACGCUGCAGCCCAGCAAUCCCACCGAAGGCGGUAACCCAGACACCCUCUUCCAGUUCUCAGACUGACCCUUGCACCUCAGCUCCCUCAGCAUGUGCCUGAGGUAUGUUCCGUGCUUUAAAAGAUGUGUCUCGCUGUUCUCAUUGGAAUCUGCCUCGUGACGAAUAUUUUUGGGGGAAGCCUAUUUGGUUAUCCUUGUCCAAAAGCACUGGACAGCGUUACUGUGAAUGGAGGACAGGUGAGAGAUACUUUUUAGCAGACUAACGUGAUGCCAGCUCGAGAUUCUUCUUGAAACAGCAAAGGUUUCUGUAACUUUAGUGACUGGUUAGCUAAGUCACAGAUUUUCACCCAGGUGUUUUCACCAAGAUGUCUGCCAAGAAGACUUGAAGACUUCUGCCAUGCCUGGUGGACAAGGAAAAUUUUUAAGAGACUUUGCACCUUUUGGGUAGUGAUUUACCAGAGAGAAAGGUCUGUUUUCAAAAAAGAUGCUAUAAUGAAUUUUAUGUGUGGCUUGUUUCUUAAAAGAGAAUUUAACUUAUUGUUUUUAUUUUAUGGUCAUAUAUGCUGAUAAUCUGCUAUUAUUAAUUGUUUUCUAAAAAGUGAAAUAAGUAUUUAAGAACUUAAGGUCCUAUGCUUUGCACCUGGGACCCAUCCGAGAUGCAUGCUAAGCUAUGUUUGUUUUUAAUUUUACACUGCUCUUUCCUGGCAGUUUGUUUUAAUGGUUAUUGCAGGAAUUAAGGUACAUGUCUCUUGGUUUUAUGUAAUAUGGCACUUUAUAAAAUAGUAUGAGUAUUGCAGUCUGUCUUAGAAGGUGCACUGUGUCACGCAUAGGUACUGUACUUUACCAUUCUUCUUCUUAUCGACUUAAAUUUGUCCUCACAUCUCUCUUCUGCUUUCUAUGCAGCAAGUAGAAAGGGAUGUGUUGUCUGAUGACUCAUUCGCCACUUAUGCACCCAUCCGAAGGAAAGUAAAGGGAAUUCUAUUCAACACUGUGCUUCACAUCUGUACACUGUGUUGCCCUACAGCGAGCCAGCUCCUCCUGUAGGCAGAGAUUAUGUACAUAAUAUUUUAGAACCAUAACCUAUACUUGUUUUGAAAUGUUUCUGUUAAAUUUUAAAUCCACAGAGCAUUUUAUAAACUUAUGCAGAGCACUUUUAUUGCUCAAACGUUCUGAAUUCAUACAGACAAGUGCUAUGCCGUGAAGAUAUUUCAUUGAAAGACUGCUGCAUUUUAAAGUACAAACUAAUUAAUUCCCUAUGCAAAAAAAGGAAGUCAUAGGAUUUGUAUGUUUUUUUUUUUCUUUAAAGCCAUUACAUGGAAUGUCAAGACUGAGAAAAAUGAUCUUCACUAUGUUUACAAGAACUGUGCUUAAAAGGAUAGUGUCUAACAUGUUUAUUUGACAGUUGUGUUAAUGAUAACCUCGUUAGCAUUAGUUUGGAAUUUGGACACUAUACCUAUUUAUCUCUUUCUUAAGGUAAUAGCAGCAUUAAUCUCAAUCUGUGAUGAAUACUAAAAAUAACUGCAUUCUGUGUAAUGGUAAUAUAUUUAUUACUAAGUCAAUGUACAUAUUAAUAGUAUAGGCAACAAAAUGGCAAAUAUUAAAAUAUUUUCAAGAUAUUAUAUUAUCCUGUUCACUUUUUGUUCACAGUAAUUACUGGGGAUAUUUUUUGAUACUCUGGCCAAAUGGCUAUAUAAUUCUCAAUGAGUCAAUAAAAAUUUUAUACUCCUAGCUUUGGGUCAUUUCUAGUAAUGAUAGGAAACUCUGUGAAUUACUAAUAAAAUGUAGCUGUUUCACAAAAAUGUGAUGCCCUUGGGCAGAGGUUUUUAAUAAGAAUAUGUCCACUUAUUUUUACACUGGGUAUAUCUAGGUUAUAUUUGGAAAUGUAUAAGUUAGUUCUUGAAGUUAUUCGUAAAUGUGUAUCCUGUAGGAAAUACGAGUUACAAAGUACAAACUAAGGAGACUGUUGCCAACAGAAAUUAUCCAGAAAAGGGGUUCAAUUCCCUCAUGAUUGAUUAGUUCAUUGUGAAUAUUGGAAAUUGAUGGGUUCUUCAUUUCUUCACCUGGUAUCUUCUGGAGGAUUCGAUAGUCACUGAGACAGGCAAAAGGCAGGUAGAGGAAGAAGAGGAAGCUUGCUGUCUGUGAACUGGUCAGACUAAUCGAAUCUUCUACAGGGAGCUUGGAAAAGAUUCGAAACUUCAGCAAGAUGCUGUCACUGUCACCGGUAUAGAAGUGCUUGAAAGGCAGCACAGAAUGAUCCCUUGCAGAUUCUGUUAGUGGACAGCAAGGUUCCUUUAGAAACCACAGAACCUCUAGUUGCUCACAUCAAAAUGAAACAAUAAAAAUGCUGCAUACAAAAAUACUAAGUGAGGGGCUGGAGAGAUGGCAGCAGUUAAGAACAGGCACUUUUCUUGGCAGAGAAAGAUGUGAGUUCCGUUCCCAGCAUCCAUGUCACCCAGCUCUCAACAAGCCUGGAGUUGCAGCUGCAGAGCAUCCCAUGCGUCUUCCUGUGCACAGAAAUAUUAAGUGAAAUGACUUUUGAUUUGAGGAGUAAAAUAGAAGUAGGUGAGAGAAAAAUCAAUCUCUGCUUUAAGUUCCUUUUUUUAACAAUGGUUUUGGCUGUAGAGUCAAAUUAUCCUACCAGUCUUUAUUGAUUACAUUGUAUGUAAUUUAUGCCACUGUAUAUCCCGAGUCACACAUGGUGUAAUUGUGUAUGUCUAAUACAUUGAAAGGCAAGGAUAUGAGAGGGGAACAAAACUAAAGUAGAGGGCUUUCUUGUAAUAACUAUGCCAGAUCCUGCUGCUGAAUGAACUAAUUUAGCUCUCUUGAAAUCCAUCGGUUCUUCCAAACCGCUAUAAAAACCAUUUAACUAUUGGAAUGAAGUGAAUUUCAACACGAUUAUCUGUCUUGAAGUUGCAGGCUCAUGUGUGCAUGAAAACUGCCUUUUUCUUUUGAGAUUAACUGCUAAUUAAGUAAUUAUGCAAAUGGCUGUAUUUUAAAUGCGAGGUGGUUAUUUUGAAGAAUUCUACUAGGGUAACAAUGAGUGAUUUGUUUGUUUGUUUUUUAAUAAAGAAAAUCCUUUAUCUAAA